AUGGGUGGAAGUUCUGUUGUUUCCGUUGAUGAUUGGGAGUUUGCUUCCCCGUCUAAUAAUGUCAAGACACUAGUUUUGUUUGGACGAACCGGCAAUGGCAAGAGUGCAACCGGUAACACUAUUCUUGGAAAAAAAGUUUUCAAGUCCAAGACAAGCUCCUCCGGUGUCACCGCUUCGUGUGAAAUGAAGACAGCUGUGAUGUAUGAUGGACAGGUCAUUAAUGUUAUUGACAGUCCAGGAUUGUUUGAUCUUUCUGCUAAAUCUGAAUUUGUUGGGGAAGAAAUACUCAAAUGCAUUGGUUUAGCUAAGGACGGGAUCCAUGCCAUCAUUGUAGUGCUGUCUAUUAAAACACGCUUUAGUGUGGAAGAAGAAAAUGCUUUCCGUAGCUUGCAGACAUUGUUUGGAAGCAAAAUUGUUGACUAUAUGAUUGUGGUAUUUACCAAUGGAGAUACAUUGGAAAACGAUGAUAUGACGCUAGACGAUGAUUAUUUAGGCCCUGAAUGUCCUGAAUCUUUAAAGGCAAUUAUUUCUUUGUGUGAUAAUCGAUAUGUGCUUUUCAAUAACAUUACAAAGGAUAAAGAGAAGCAAUUCGAACAAGUUCAACAACUGCUAUCUUUGGUAAACCAGGUAGUAUCAAAGAAUGGUGGUCGGCCUUAUACGGAUGAGUUAUUUACCAAAUUCGAGGAAGGAGAUAUAGGACUGCUUAAACAAAUUACUGAUAUGGUAGAUACGAAGUUGAAGGAAACAACUAUAAGGCUGGAGCAACGAUUGGCACAAGAACAAGAAGCAAGACUAGAUGCAGAAAAGAGAUCAAAUGAUGAAAUUGAAAAACUUAGAAAAGAUCUUGAGCAAGCACACGCAGAACUUGGCAGGCGAGCAGCAAAAUUUGGGUGUUCCAUUCUAUGA